GGCUUAUCGACGAUUCGACUCGGACGCUCCACUGAUAUCGAUGCAUCAAGCUCUACUUGUCCCCGAAGUCCUCCUGGAUAUAUUCGCGCACGUGAAUGAAAGUGUGGACCUACCAUCUGAUGAUUCUUCUUGCGAGAGAUUAUUAUCUCAACAAUCUCUUGCAUCACUUGCAACGACAUGCAAAACCUUCUACGAGCCUGCGAUGGAUUUGCUGUGGGCAAACAUAGACGAGUUAGAACCAUUGCUAGGCUGCGUGACGAGGCUACAUCCACUGAUAUAUUGUAGUGGAGCAGAGCCUUCCUGGUCUGAAGGCAUCGAACCAUUAUCUGAACAUGAAGCCCACCAAUUCAUGCGUCAUGCCUUCCGCGUCCGCUCAAUUGAUAUAUCAUCUGACAGAAAUUUUCACCUCCUCACAGUCUUCCCUACUGAGACGUGCAUAUUCCCGAGAUUGCAGUCGUUAUUAUGGCAGGUCGAGGCUCCCAAUAACAUAUAUCUGCACCUCUUCCUGUCCCAUACGCUACUUUUUUUCUAUUUAUCAGCAAUCCACCCAGCUUUGAAAUCUAUCGGGACCCAUUGUACUUCUUUGGAGGCCUUAACCAUCGGUGAUGCUAAGGAUCUCACACCGGACGAGUCGUUCUUGCUGUCUGAAACUAUCCGUUCAUGCACGCAGCUGAGACAUUUGGGUUGUCCACCUCUCGAAUGGGAAGCAUGGAACCACCUCUCCAACCUCCCUACCCUUCUCAAAUUGGAAAUUGGUAGCGGAAAUUGGCCAUUAGACCGAUAUGAUCUCAAAUUCGCACCUUUCCUUAAUGUUACCAUCCUCAAUUUCUAUGUGCACACGGCUUCACACACAAUCACAACGUUGGAAUGCUCAGAAUUCCCCUCCCUACAACAGUUCGAGAUGCAUGUCCAAGUCAUGCCUUUUGCACAAGCUGAGCAGCUUUUUCGUGCACUGUCGCAAUGCAACGCAGGCCACACCCUUGAAUACAUCGUCAUAUUCUCCUUUGAUUCAGACGGCGACUCAGAUGAGGAGCCCUCAGACAACUCUCUGACAGCAAUCACACAAUUCCUUCAUUUUACACAGCUGCGAACUCUGGGCCUCGUUUUUGAAAAUUACCCCGUCUACCUUGACAACGACCUUCUCCUGAAAGCCAUGUCAAGUUGGCCAAACAUUCGCUACAUGACCUUAGCGAAUCACCAACUUCGUCUACCUACCAUCACAUUCCGCGGAUUAUUCGACGGGCUCCGGCUAUGUCCUCACUUGGAUUCCCUGCAAUUACACAUCGAUGCUAUAAAUAUCGAUAUUGAUCCUGAAACUGAGUCAUUUCAGCAUACCUCCCUACAAAAAUUUAACGUAGGCUUUUCUAACAUAGAAGAUGUUGAAGCUGUCGCUCGCAUCAUUUUCUUCAUGCUCCCUGGCGUCGAACAAGUUAAACACGGGUACGAGGAUAAUAAGUGGGACAAGGUUAACCAGCACCUCGAACAUCUGAGAUCUUCUGCGGCUCUUGGCCAUCACACAUAG